AUGAAAGCAUUUUCUAUUUUGUACAAACUAAAUGGGAAUAAAAGAAAUAAAAAUGAUGAAAUAUUAUUUUUUUCCCUAUAUGCUAAUAAACUCUAUUUUUACAUUGGCUCAACAAAUGGAAGAAUAUAUAUUUUUAAGAAAAAGGAAACAUGUUUAUUUGGAUACCUUCAUUUUGUAAAUCUAAUUAAAAGCCGAACCUCCGAAGUUAUUACAAAGAUUUUUGUUGUAGACAAGUUUAAGUUGCUCAUUCAUGGGACAAGCAAUGGCGACAUAUUCCUCAUAAAGGGAAAUAAAUUAAUAACAGGCAAGGAAGUAGAAGGAAAAAGUUUGAAAAAAAAUAUUUAUAUGCUAAAAAAUAAAUAUCACAAAAGUAGUAUAAGUAGUAUUAACAUAUUAAUAAGUGAAAAGAAUCAAUUGAUAUACUUAUUUAUUGGGGAUUUAGACGGGAUAUUGUCAUGUUUCAUUUUAAAUGAAAAAUUAAAAAUAGAAAAUGAUGAAGAUUGCAUAUUACUUAUUGAUAAAAUGAAUGGUUCAAUUAAUAAUAUCGAAAUAUCGAGAAAUAAUAUUUUAGUUACAUGUGAAAAAUAUAAUACAAUUAUUAGUUUGGAAGAUGUUAUUUUAAAAAGAGAAAAGAAAAUAAAUAGUUUUAAAAAUAUAGGGAAAAAGGAAAAUAAAAAUUAUUAUAAAUCUGUAUUUUUAAAAGCAAAAAAAAAAAAAAUAAAUACUAAUACAAUAUUAAGUUUACGACAAAAUGGGCGUAUAUGGUUAAGUAAAGAUGAAAAGGUAAUAAAUACUUUAGUUUUUUAUUAUCCUUCUUAUUAUUUUUUUUAUCUUUUUUUUUUCAACAUACCCCGUUAUAAUAAUACUAGCCAUAAUACAACAAGCGAUCAAACCGAAAAUGUUUUUUUUUCUUUUGAUUUUUAUAAAAAAUAUUUUAUUAAUAAUAAAUAUUUUAUUACAAUAAUACAUGAGAUAUUGGAAAAAUUUACAAACUUUAAUUUAUUAUUAAAGCCCAAUGCAAAUGUUUGUUACAAAUUUACAAAUUCACAUUUUAUUCUGUUUGAACAAACAAAUCCUUUUUCCUAUUUUUUAAAUAAACAUAAAAAUACACACACAGCUAGCGGUCUUUCAUAUUAUGAAGAAAAAAAAAAAAUGGAUGAAGAAAGUUUAGCUAAAGAUAUAAAUAAUAUUCGAAAAUUUAUAAAUGAUAAAUUACAAGAUGAGUUGAAAAAAAAUGAAUUAAAAAAUGAAAGAAAUAACAACAUAAUCGAAUGUCUAUCUUUUAUUCUGAACAAUUUAAAUGAUACAAAAGAAAUACUAAACAGGAUUAAAACUAAAAAAAUAUUUAUAAUUAACAUUAAAACGAUACAUAUAGAAGAGAUAAUGAAUUUAAAUGCAGGGGUUUUGUGUGUAAAGGGAAGAAACAAAAUAGAUGAAGUAAAUAAUACUACUUCUCUAAGUUCUAUAGAUGAUAAAAAUAGUAAACAUAGCCAGACAAAAGAAAAUCCCAAUACAUAUACCACAUCAUUAAAUUGUGCAUACAAAAUGGGAAACACAAUUGAAAAUAUAAAAAAGUAUAAAGACUACUUACUCCAUGAUACAAUAAUUGAUUCUAUAAAAAUUGAAAACAAAUUAUAUAUGUUAUAUUAUAGUGAAAGUAUAAAUAAUGAUAUAUAUUUUAAUUUUAAUAUGAAAGAAAGUAUGCAUGUUUAUCCUAAUUACUAUCAAAGUGAUGUCUAUAAAGAAGAAGUAAAUAAUAAUCGAAGUAGGAACGGACUAAAUUUUUAUUUAUGUGAAAUUUACUUUGAACAAGAUUAUGAAUUAAUAAAAUAUAUAAUUUACCAUAUUAAAAAAAAGAAAAUAAACCAACUAAACAAAUCGAAUCUUUUAAUUUUUUACUUAUUUAUAAAUAUUUUUCAAAACUGUAUAAAAGAUGAAAGAAAAGAAACGGGCUCAAAAUAUUAUGACUCCAGUUUUUUUAAUUUUAUUGAAAAGGAUAUAAAUAGUUAUGACAACAUAGUUACUGUUUCAACUUUUGAAAGUGCUAAAAAUAGUCUAGCAAACAAUAUAGAACGUAUAAAAAUAAAUACUGAAAAAAUAUUUAAUCAAUCGAAAAAUAGUAAAAACGAUAAGAGUAAUAUUUUAUUAACUGAUAAAAGUUGUAUAUAUCAAAAAGACUUAUUUUUUUUUUGUAAUAAUACAUACAAUAUUAGUGGUAAUAUAUUUCUAUUUUUCCAUUUUAAUAUUAAAAAAAUAAAAAAAUUAUAUAAAAUAUUAAAAGUUGUUAUAGAGAGAUAUAAAUACAUUUUUCAAAAUAUUAUAGCUAAUGUAGUAUUUCCAAAUAUUGAUAAAACAUAUUUUAAAAAAAACAACAAUAACUUUCUUUUAAUUAAUCAAGAGGAUAUAAAAAAUGGAGACUUAUUUAUUAAGUUUAUUCAAAAUGAUCAAUAUUUAUUAUUCCAAAUCUUAUAUUAUUUUUAUAUUUUUAUAUACCUAGAAAUUAUAAUUUCAAAUUACACACAUAGAAAUAAUAAUGCAUUUACAAAUUUCCCAAUUCUUUCAAACCAACAUCCAAAUAAGUCGCCAUCAAAUGAGUAUGUCCAAAAUGGAAAAAAAAGCAGCAAUCUAAAUAAUAGCACCUCUAAACAUUGCAACUUAUAUAUUGUACAGGUUGAAAAAUCAAAUAACGUCCCCAUAAAAAGUAAACAAAACAAUUUGCAUGUCAUAGGGAAGUGUGUAAAAUAUAGAUCGAGUUAUAAAAUCCGUAAUAGGAGUGAUACAAAUUUAGAGAAAAAUAUUUGCCUGUAUAAUUAUCCUGAAAUCUGUGAAGAAAAAUAUUUAUUUUUUAAAAUUAAAAACCGUAUCACUACUAAAUCGAUGGAACUAUAUCGAAAUAUAAAUUCUAUGCUUGUCUUACAAUUUUUUAAAAUGAAAGAAGACAAAAAGAAAAAACUUAUUAUGAUUUAUAAUAAUAUUAAAUUUUUAAAUCGAAAAAAAAAAUAUAUAAUUAAGAAAAAUUCUUUAUUAAAAUUAGUAAAACAAAAAGCAGGAAAAUAUGCAAUUUAUCUUACUACCACUAUGAGUAAAGCUAAUAAUUUGGAGAGCAAAAAAAAUAAAAACAACACUAAUAUACCUGGUCAUAAAGUAAAUGAAAUAAAAGGAGUCACUAAUUUGAACGCUUUACCUUUUAUUCCUAGACCUACAAGUUUGAGAAGUAAUAAAUGUAAUAUCAAACAUUUUGAUAAUAUUCUUAAAACAAUUUUUUUAAUAAAGAAUAUUAAAAAGGAGAGAAAUAAUAUAACUAAUUUAGAGUAUAUAAAAAAAUGUCUAACUAUACAAGACUUGUUUAAAUUUACAAAUAAAUUAUAUUUAUAUAAAAAAAUAUUACAAGGAGUAUAUAUUAUUAAUAUAAAUGAAUAUAAACAAUUAUAUGAAUAUUUAUUUUUAUUUGAAAUUUUUUCACCAUUUUUUUAUAACAAUAUGUGGAUAUAUUCUUUUUGCGAAAAUUUAAAUAUAAACAAUCAAAAGUGUAAAGAAGAAAUGGAUAGAAAUAAUUAUAAACAAAAUGACGUACCUAAUCAAGAACAAAAUUAUUAUAAACGGUCUAUAAAAUUUAUAGCAAAUACAGAUAUACAAUACUAUCAAAAAUUAAAUGAUCUAAUUCAAAGUAAUAAUAUAUUUUUGAUAGAUAUUUUAUUAGGAAUAUAUAAUAGUAUAACUACUGAGCAAUAUGUUAAUCCUAAAUUUGUUUUUAAAAAAUUUUGUAAUUUUAAUUAUUUAUGUGAUUAUAUUAAUUAUAUUAAAAUAAAUAAAAAUAAUUCUAUUUUGGAUAAUAGUGAAAAAAAAAAAUAUUUACGUUUGUGGAGUUAUGACCCAGACAAGUUUGAGAAAGAAAAUGAAAUGCAAGCCCAUAUAUACUUUUGUAAAAAAAGUAAAACAAAAUCAAACACUUUAGAAAAAACUAACAAUUUUACACCAUCAAAUGUGAACUUACUAAAACAAAAAAUUAAAAAAGUUAAAAAAAUGCAAGUAAAUAUGUAUGCUACCCAUUUUGACGACACAUUAAAUGAGUAUAUUAACCUGAGAAAUAGUAUUUUUUUAAAAAAAAAAAAAAAUGAAUAUAGUAGAUUAAUAUAUUUUAAAAAUUUAGACUUGUUUAAUUUUAUUAAGAUUGCCUAUUUUUUAUGCAAAGCUAAAUUAGAGAAACAUUUAUAUUUAAAAAAAAAAAAAAUAUGGAGAGAAAUACCGAGAAAAUAUUAUAAAUUUUUUCAAAAUAAAUAUGACAAUACUGAAAAGAUUGAUAUAUGUAAAAACGACUUUAAAAGCUUAUGUUGUAAUAAUAAAUUAUGCUACUGCUUAUGUUGUUUUAGCAUUUGGAGGAAAACAAAAACAACAUCAAGUUGGUGUAAUGUAUUUAAUUUGUAUGGCAAAUAUUCCCGUGUGUGUAAAAGACGGGUACUAUAUAAGCACUACAAAAGUAAAGAUAGUAAUAGUUACACAAAAAUAAAAAAGAAAAAGAAAAAGGAUAGCAUAAGAUAUGGCCAUAAUGAAUGGAAUGAAAAAAUGUGUGUUGAAUUACUGGAAUAUAUUAGUAAAAGAGAUAAAAAAAGUUUGAAAAAAAAAAAAAUAAAUAUUUUAUAUAAAUUGUUCUAUAUUUUAGUAGAACUGAAAUGGAAAAAAACCAUGUUGUUAUUUUUAAAUAUUUUUAAAAAAUACAAAUCAAAAGAGUUACUAUUUUUGCUAUUACUACUAAUUAAGAGUCCAUUUAAAAACAAAAUUAAACAAGAUGAAAAUAGUUGGAGAAAAAAAGAAAUUUACAAAAGUUGUAAUUACACAAAACUAUUCAAAAAAUCUAUCUACCAUUUCUACAAUAAUUACACUACCAUUUUAAGGAAUAAAACAAAUUUUGAAAACAAUGCAAUGAUUUUUUUUUUGUUAUUUAAAUUAGUAAAAAAUGGAGCUAAUUAUUACUACGUGAUAAUGCUUAUAAUAUAUCACUUUUUUUUAGACAAGAUAUUUUUUUUAGAAAAUGUAAUAUUACAAAAAUAUAAAAUGCCAAAGGAAUACUUCCUAUUAUAUUUAUUUCUAUUUAAAAAUAAUCCAUUUUUUAAAAAAUUUCUUUUUUUUAAAAGUUUUUUUUUAUCAUUCCAUACAAAAGGAUAUUUUUUAUUUGCUGAUUAUGUAGUUAUAAAAAAUAUUUUAACAUCAUGUUAUAAAUUAUUACCAUUUGAUAAUUCGAAUUAUUUAAUUGUUUUAAAUAAUUCUUUAUAUUUACAUUUUUUUAAAAUAUAUAAAUAUUUUUUUGAUCAAAAUUCAUUUAAUUUUUCUUAUUAUCAUUUUGCAUUCUUUAUGCUUAUCUCUUAUUUUUAUCUUGGAUAUUUUACACACAUUAAAAAGUUUCUAAUAGAUUUUUGUGGAAUUUUUUCAUCAUUACGUCGUGCAUUGCAGUCUGGAAAUCGUGGAGAAGAAACAUUAACUAGAACAACGGGAGAAGCAAACAAAGUGAACAGAACAACCACAUGCCAACCAAUACACAGUUACAAGAACGACAUUCAUUUACUCACUAGGAAUAGUAGUAAUCUACUUCAUAAGGACAUUCCCAUCGUUUUUAAAAAUAAAAUAGACAAUAAUACAUCCUUUUUUACGAUAAAAAAAUUCACUCCUCAAGGUAUAGAAGGUGAUACUACACAUUGCCAAACUAAACCAAUCAACGUAGACAAUCGAAUUUUACAAAAAAAUGAUCAUCUAAAUUUAUUAGAUAAACAAAAUGAAGGUUUUGAAAAAGAUAUAUUGAACAGUAUUGAUGUUUUAAUACAAUUCUUUUAUGAAUUAUUGCUAAAAUUAUUGUGUGAAAUAAAUUUCAAAAUAUAUGACAAUCAAAUUGAGCUAUUAAUAUUUCGACACAAUAAAAACUUAGAUAUAUACAUACAAAUUAACAAUUUUAUAAAUAACUUUUAUGGAUCUUCUACCUUAUAUUAUGACAAAAAUCAAGAUUGUUCAGAAAAAACAGACAAAGAAAUAAACAAUGGAAAUACAGGAAAUAUAAUAAACUUAAAUUUUUAUGAUAAAAAAAAUAACAUCCAUAUAUUUUUAGAAAUAAUUAAUUUGUUUUUUAAUAUAUAUUAUUGUUUGUUUUCCAUAAAAUUAAGUUUAAAAAAAAAAAAAAAAAUUAUAAAUAAAAACAAAUUUUAUAGUAAAUACCUUUUAACCAUAAUUUCAAUAUUAUUUAUGCUAGCGACAAAAACGGAGGAGGGAGACAAAAAACAAAAUAAAAUGGAAAAGAAACAAACUCAAAUUGUCUUUCCAUUUUUUAAAGACAUGCAUUUUAAUAAAAAUUAUAAUAACAAAGAAGAAUGUUAUACUUUUUCAAAAGGAUUGAAAAAAAAAAUAAUAAAUAAUCUGCAAAUAAAAAAGAAAGGGCCCUCAUUAGCAGCCCUUUUUUGUGUAUUAUGUAUUAUUCAAUAUAUUAACUAUUUUAAAGACAUGAAAAAAAAAAUAAAACAAAAAAUUAUUUUUAUAAUUAACUUUUUUGGUGCUAAUCAAAAUUUGGCAUAUUUAAAACAAGACUGCAAAGAAAAUGUAUCUUCAAAAAAUAUUCAUGAAAUUUAUAAAACAAUUAUAAAAAACAUACCACAAAAUAUUAAAUAG